UCUUUCUUCCUGUAGAGGCAGUGUGUGGAAAGUAAGCAUUUACAGUCUGGGGCCCUCCCACAGAAAUAUAAGACAGCACCUUUAAAUAUGUUGACUCUAUUUUGGAGAAAAACAAAACAUUUUCAUAUACACUGUUGAGGGGACUCUAAGUUAAUAUUGUGGGGGCAGUCCCAUCCUCAGGACCUUCAUUACUAGGCCACAAUGGAGAGCAGUCACCAAAAGCAUCUCUUACUCUGGAGGACCGCUUCUGUCCUGCAUUAAAGAGAAAACACUUGUGCAUGUAAUGCUUCAUCUCUCCUGUGGAGGCACUGCAGGGAAACUGGACACAUAGAUUGUUGAUUAAUGGAAGUUCCCAACAGGGGGAAAGGGACAAUACACUCCAUUUAUCUGGACCGGCUUCCAUAUGCAGAAGGGCUUUUCCUGUAUCAUAGAAAUCUUUCAGAACCAUAAGGCCUGACUGGUUGCUAUGGGUAACAAGACCAGAUGGUAACAUGGAGGCCUCCCAGUGUCUGUGGAUUAGGGUGUAACUCAUUGAAAUAUUGGAGAGGUGUGAUGUCUGAUGACGGGGGAGACGGCGAUUGUGUCUGUGGAGAUGUCUUAUUGUCACCUAUGAAAGGACAUCGCACGCCUCUCCUCAGACCACGUGUCACCCUGCGGAAAGACGUGGCAGAACUAGACUAUUAGCAUAGAAGACAAUUAGAGAGUAUUAUGAAGUUCUACCUGUCUGGACAAUGACAAGAAGUGUGCCACCACCACAGGGAUGUGUAUUGUAGGGCUCCCCCUGCAGGAAAUAAUGACUCACCCCCCUGACGUGGUAACAAUGGUGUCUAGCUGCCCCCCCCCCUCCCGGUCAGCCAGGCUUCACACCUCACGGGGACAUUUCACACCUCAUUACUUUGAUCAUUGAGACCGUCCCUCCAAACCCCUAUAAGAGCUGGAGACCCCCGAGUCCAGGACAGGUCACAGCACAGAGGGAGCACCAGAUGAGGAACGAGUCCCAGCCCACCCAAGAGGAGAUGUCUGGAUUUACCCAAGACCCCGAGGACUACUACCAGGCCUGCUUCCAGUCCAGCCCCAACCCCAUCAACUUCUCCGACCAUCAGGGGCCAUACAUGGGGAUGAGCAUCAACCCUAUACAGAAAGAAUUCCAGCAGAGCGGUGUGAAAGAAGAGACAAAUGAACGAGUAGUCACCGAGGAAAACUCUGUACAAAGUUCUGCAUCCAAAAAGAUGUUGAAACGUCAGAAGUCGGAGGAGGCGACGUCACCAUCUUCUUUGGAGCAAGGACUGAUUUCCCAGCGCAGGAAGAGGACGGUGUACAGUCAGCACCAGCUGGACGUCUUGGAGGAGUUUUUCCAAACCAACAUGUACCCAGAUAUCCACCAUCGAGAAGAGCUGGCCAAACGCAUCUAUAUCCCCGAGUCCAGGAUCCAGGUUUGGUUUCAAAACAGAAGAGGAAAAGCCAGACGUGAGAAGAGUAAAGUGAGCCUUUUCAACAAUGUGGGCAUAUGUUACCCAAAUAUUCGCCCACCAGUCAACCACGUGCAUACAGGGCCAACGCUGGCCCCACCUGAACAGCACCAGCCCAUGAUGCCCCAACAGCAAGGACAAACUCCCAUGACCUUACCGCAAGACAUGUACCGCCAGCCUGUCGACCCCAUGCCAUACCCACCAUUUUCGUGUGCCGUGCGAGAAAGGAUGAUGAUGAACCAGGUCUCGCCCAACCCCUACUACCAAAGCCCUCAAGUUGGCAAUCAACAGCGUUCAUACAAGAACAUAACCUCCAUGAACACCAAGGCGGUGGACCUGACCUGUAGACCCAACCAGAUACCUACACAGCUAAACUUCAUGACCGAUUUCAACGCCAUCCCACCCAACAAGACCAUCACACCAGACAUGAACAUAAAAAUCCCACCCAUCCCAAUGUCUUCUGAUUCCAGGGGCGCCAAUGGAAUGAAUCCCUUCACCGCGCCAUUUCCUUUCAAGAUGUCAAGCAUGGAGGAUGACUACUACGAGCAGAGUUCUCCUGACUCCGAUUCUGGUGUAAGUGACAGAUCACCGGAAUCUGGGUCUGAUUCUAAGGAAAGCAUCUCCUCCGUCAUCUGCUUGUAAAUGGAAGAACCUUCUUCCUGCCAAAAACAGGGUGUAGGAAUGAGAUGGUCUUCAAGUGGUCCAAGGAUCUCCGUGGACUUCCAUUAUACUUACAAGUUUAGUGAGUCAUAUACUUUGUUGGGACUAUCAAGAAGAUAGAAGACUUGGGAACAUACUUUGCAUUGUCCUAUGAGCUCUAGGUAGAGCGCCACCUAUAGACCAGAAAUUCAUAAGGUACUUGAUAAGUAGAAUCUAAACAUGUGUCCUGUUUAUUUUACUAAGACUUGUUUUGAGCCAUACUUCUUCCUGUAGAAGUCAACACAUCUGUAUCCUAAAAGGUUAAUUUCUUAAAGGAGUAGUGUAGUG